UGGCGCCGCUUGUUGCUUAGCUUAACUCUACUCGCUGAAAUAGAUGGAAGAAGUCGGCUGGUGUUCAGGUUAAUUUAAGAAAUCACAGACAUCGAUGCCAGCUCUGCCUCAGGCUCUUCAUGUUGUCACAACAGCAAACUGGAUCUGUGAAGGUCGAUAAAAGAGUUUCAGCUGGAGGUCGAACACCAAGCAUCAGUGGAGACAUGGUGCUGAAGAUCUUCUUCCCUCAGUGCUGUAACCGGGCGGAGAGCGGGCUGCUGGUCGGACGCUGGAUCUCUGGUCAUGACUCGGCCGUGGUGCUGGCUGUAAUCCACUACCCGUUUAUACCUGGGCAGGUGAAGCAGUACAUCCAGCAGAUGCAGGCUCAGAGUGGGGUGGAGCUGUCGGUUCUGGGCUCAUGGAGUUUACCUAAAGAGGGCCAAGAGGGGAUGGAGAGCUUCCUCAGAGACCUCAGCACCAUUUUCCCUCAGGAACGCUGGCUCCAGAUCAAACGCCAGAUGGGGAAAACAGGCUUCACCUGUGAGAUUCUCAACCGGAAUCAGAAUGGAAAGGUGGUUCAGCAGGACGCUACAAAGAAAAAGAAGAAGGCGAAACAGAAGGUUGAAGACGUUGGAGGGGAAAAAGAAGAGCAGCAGCAGGAGGAAGAAGAGGAGGAGGAGGAGGAGGAGAAGGUGAUCUUUGUCCAUUACGAGCAGAGGAAAGUGAUGCUGUCGCAGCUUCAUCCCAUUGAGAACGGAGUCCCGGACCCCAAAACUGAACCGCCAUCUGAGCUCAGACAAGUGUUUCAGACGGUGGCCCGAAGCCAGCCGCUCUUCUUCCUGGACAAAUACGACGACGGCCCGCUGAAGUCGACUCACUGGCAGUCUGAGGGUCGAGAGGCCAGCAUCAUCGUGGAGCUGCUCAAACAGGCCUCCAUACCGGUCUGCCUGCUUGUCGGCUGGCUGCUCUCCAUCUGGACCUGGAUCUGUAACAUGAGGAUCUUUAGCCUGUACCCACUUCGGUUCCUGUCCAGUAAGCUGUCCACCUGCGUCCAGGUCAGCUACAGGACUGAACACAUGAGGGCGAUCAGCUCUGUGAAACGGGCUUCAGGACACACAGAGUUCAUGAGGAAAGCAAACAUCUUGGUGUCGUUCCUGGUCGACGUGGCUCUCGGUAUGCUGCUCAUCUCGUGGCUCUACAGAGACGACCACAUCAGCACACUAGCAAACACACUGGUGCCUGCAGCAGAUCAUGUGGCUAAAGAGCUGGAGGAGCUGCUGCAGUGGCUGAUGGGAGCUCCUGCAGGGCUGAAGAUGAACCGAGCCCUGGACCAGGUCCUCGGCCGCUUCUUUCUCUACCACAUUCACCUCUGGAUCAGCUACAUCCACCUCAUGUCCCCAUUCAUCGAGGGAAUCCUGUGGUACGGCGGCCUCUCAGCCUGCCUGGGCCUGACCUUUGCCCUCUCGCUGCUCUCAGACAUGAUCGCCCUGCUCACCUUCCACAUCUACUGCUUCUACGUCUACGGAGCCAGGCUGUACUGUCUGAAGAUCUACGGCCUCUCGUCUCUCUGGAGGCUCUUCAGAGGGAAGAAGUGGAACGUCCUGAGACAGAGGGUGGACUCCUGCUCCUACGACAUGGACCAGCUCUUCAUUGGGACACUGCUCUUCACCAUCCUGCUGUUCCUGCUGCCCACCACGGCGCUCUACUACCUUGUCUUCACCCUGCUCCGUCUGGUGGUGGUGCUGGUCCAGGGCGUCCUCCACCUCAGCGUGGACUUCAUCAACUCUUUCCCUCUGUUUGCUGUCGGCCUCCGAGUCUGUCGCUCCUACAGACUGGCAGAAGGAGUGAAGUUCAGGGUUCUGUGUGAGGAGCCGGGGACGGCGCUUCACCUUCUGAUGGAGAUUAACCCUCUGAAGUGCAGCACGGUGGUCCAGACCUACCGUACCCCGACCUACAGCUGCUACCCCAAAGACUCGUGGGCCGCCCUGGUUAAGAAGCUGUUUGUCGGGGAGCUGAUCUACCCGUGGAGACACAAAACCACCAAGACGGACUGAGAGACAGCCAACAGGAGAGAGAGAGAGAGGAGCGAGCGGCGGAAAGGGAAGCAACUGAAUAAAUAAUGAGGAGGCAGAGGGACGGAGGGUGAGAGGAGGACAAGGGUAAAUCCAGGAGCCGGAUCUUUGAGUCAACGCUCCUUUCAUGAAAGUGAAGUUGCUGAGUCAACACUUUUUUCUGUUUGAUCGGAGGUUUUCUGAUCAGAGGGCGAAAGAGCAAAAAGGUGUCAGUGUCUGAGAGUUUAACGAGCAACAACACCAAUGUGAAAAACCAGCAAGUAGACACGUCCGGCUGUUUUUAAGAUCCAUUAGACUACUUCAGGUGCAGGAGGGAAAUCUGAUUUUUGCAGUCACAUUAUGAGCUGCACACGUGCUUCUUCUUUAAACCAAUUUUAGACACCGUCAUUAUGAGGUAGAAAUUUACUAAAAACAUCGUCGUCUGAAAGGGAAACGAUACUUAAGGACCAAACUAGUGUUCUCUUGUUUAGUUUUAACUGUCAGAACAUAAAGAGCUACGGCGGCAUAUUAGUGCCAUUCUAGUGAUUAAAAUAGGAGCCAUAAACUCUGAAAAACACAUAUUUUUUAGAUUUAAGGUCAUAAAUGUACAGAAAACAAUUCUGAGAUUAUAAAAAACAAGGUUUGAGUAGAGAAAAAAACCUGAUUUUCAAUAUUUUAAAGAGUAACUGAACCACCCAGUCCACUUUCCUCAGCUGUGAAUUUGUAAAUCUGAUACAGCUUCAUCUUUGGUCUGAACUGCUUAAGACUGUUUUUUAAAUUCUGUUUUGCAGAAUGGCCCUAAUAGGCUUUUGUAAACAUCCCAGUAUAAAUGAAAGUAAAUUCUAAUUCUUACAAAUUCAAUACAUGUGGCUUAAACUGAGUAUAAAGCAGCACACAGAGGCUGUAUUUAACGCUGCCUAUAAAUUAAACUUGUUUUGGGGAGUCGUGAAGCUUUCUGCCGUUUGUCUGGCCUCUGUAUUCACGGUAAAUAUGACUCCAUAUGGCGGCACCAUUGGACAGUAACCUUCACUCAAGGUCCUGUUCUAUGGUGUUUUUUUCUAUAAUUAUAGUUUAUUUGUACUAAGAGAGACGCUAGCGUUUAUGCUUUAACUGCACUGACCAUGUGAAUACCUGUAGAUUUAUAUUAUUAUUAAUUAUUAGUCAGAAUUUACUUGAAAUUAAUCUAAUGGGAUAUUUUUGUGAUCAUAUUUGUAUUAAUGAAAUGUUAAAAGUGUUUUUUGUGUUUAAUUUGUUGCCAUAUUUCCUCCAACACUGGAGAUGCUCACCUCAGACUGUUACUGAAACAUCAACAGUCCUGUGUACUGUUGAUUUUAGUUUGACAUUUUUGUCCUUUGUUAUUUUUGUGCCUCUUUAUCUCCAACCGUGUCCUUCAGCUCCUCACCAGUCUUAGUUUCUGAUGCGGUCAGUCCUUUUGUACCUGGUUAGACUGAAGAAGUCGUGACCAAUCUCUGUACUCCUUAAAGAACAAACUGUGAUUAACUUUGAUUUCUUUAAUGUGAAUUAUUAUCAUUUCUGUUCUGCCUAAAUCUUUAUGCCUAACUCUGUAGCACUAUUUCAAUCAAACUUAAGUUCCUAAAUUCUUUUUUAACCUCUGAUUUAUCGUUUACCAUUGAUCUGCCCUAAAUGUUCAAAUGAAUUUGAAUAAAUUUCUUUAUUUAAU